UUGAAACAAAACCGGAAAACCUUGUUGGUGACGUUCCGUGGAUUCCUACAUUGUUGCAAGAAGUAUCGCGACGUCAACGUGACAGUUGUUAUUUCCUCGCGUCCAGCCCGGAGGCACACAAGCCGAGCCUGUCCGGAGGAGUAGCCCCACUGACGUGGAAGACCUCCAGCCUGGUCCCGCGGGAGCGAAGAGAACACCCGCUGUGGAGACGUGGGUCAGACCGCCGGCUCCUCCAGGACAAACAUGGAAUAAUCUUUUCGGAGUUUUUUAAAUUUUUUGAUCUCGCCCUGUAUACAAGCUCACAGUCGUCCGGAGAUUUCGUUCCUUGUUUUUAAAAUAACGCUUUCCAUUUAGUUUGGGGGAAGGAUUGACCGAUGUCCAUUAUAUUGUUGUGAGCUGUGACGCCCCAGAGGGGCAUCGGAAGGUGUGCGUUGGAGUACAACAUGGAGAACCGGGAGCAGUGAGCUCUGUGUUUGGACCAACGGGCUCCACCAUGGCGUCCGAAGAGCGGCUGUACGAGGUGUGGAUGCUCUACUGCAACAAGCGGGACCCUGACUAUCUCAAGCUGUGGCUGGAGAUCUUCAUCGGCUCCUACGAGCGAUGUCUGGACGUGGACUUCGAGAAGCCGCCUUCCAGGCCGGACGAGGUGCCUCCGGUGCUGUCCCUGCUCCCGGACAACAUCCUGCAGGUGCUGCGGCACCAGCUGCUGCAGUGCGUCCAGAAGGCCUCGGAAGGCCUGGAGCCCCAGCAGCUGGCCCUGGCCCUGCUGCUGCUCAAGUUCCUCAUCGUGGUCUGCAGAAACCUGUCAAACGUGGAGGAGAUCGGCACCUGCUCUUACAUCAACCAUGUGAUCAACAUGACCACGCUGUACAUCCAGCAGCUGAAAAGCAAGACCAAGGAGAAGGAGAUGGCCGACCAGACGCAGGCCGAGGAGUUUGUCCGUCACGCGCUGGCCUUCUGCGAGAGCCUCUACGACCCCUACCGCAACUGGAGGCACCGGGCGUGCGGGGAGCGGGUGGGCACUGCAGAGAGAAGCAGACAGAAGUUCAAAGCCGCUCCCCUCACAGUGGAGUUCGUCCCCUUCUUCUACCAGUGCUUCCAGGAGAGUGAGCACCUGAAGGACAGUCUGAAAUGCUGCCUGCUCCACCUGUUUGGAGCCAUUGUGGCCGGCGAGCAGAGGAACGCCCUUCUGGCCAUCUCCCCGGCCACCAUGGAGGUGCUGAUGGCCGUGCUGGCCGACAGCGCCACCGGUAGCCACGGCGACCCGGACGGCGACCCGGACUGGGACGGGGAGGCGCCAGGCCGCCGCGCCCUGCUGACGCUGGGCUGUCUGCGCGAGGUGGUCCACCGGCUGCUGGCCUCCAGCUCGGACCAGCGGCCCGUGGAGAUCGCCUCGGUGCUCGACCUCUACUUCAAGCUGCUCAACUCGGACCCGGCCGCCGCGGCGACGCAGCAUCAGCACCAGCAUCAGGGGCCGGGGCCGGGGCCGGGGCCCAACCAGACGCAGGCCAAGGCCCGGCCCGCGCCGCUCGGCCGCCACUGGGAGAAGCGCUUUGUGGCGCUGCAAGUGCACAUGCUAGACACCAUCAGGGACAUGUUCCUGUGCUCGGACAGGCCAGUGCUUCAGGCCAUCUUCCUCAACAGCAACUGCUUCGAGCACCUCACGCGGCUACUGCAGAACAGCAAGCUGAUUAACGCCAGGUGCGCUGAAGCAGACAAGGACCAGAAAGAUAUAGCCAACAACAGGUUACUGACAGGAACGCGAGAGGACAGUGAGCCUCAGGUGUUCCAGGGCCGACUGGAUUCGCUGGCCGUGGCGACCAUCAAAGCCCUGACCACCGUGAUGCACAAGUCUCCGGCUGCCAAGGAAGUGUUCAAGGAGCGGAUCGGCUACAACCACCUGUACGAGGUGCUGGUGUCCCUGGGCCAGCCGUCCCGGCACCUCCUGAAGGAGCUCAUGAACAUGGCGGUGGAGGGCGAGCACAGCUCGGUGGGCCUGCUGGGCAUCAGCAACGUGGAGCCCCUGCUGCUGCUGGCCCAGUGGCUGCCGGAGCUGGACUCCCCCGAGCUGCAGCUCUUCACGGCCGACUGGCUGCGCCGCCUCUGCUGCCUCGACCGCCGGACGCGCGCCGUGUGCGUCAACGCCGCCAUGCCGCUGCGCCUGCUCGCCACGCUGGAGCGGCCCGGGCGGCUGCACCCCGCCUCCGCCGAGAGCCUCCUGGCGCUGCUGGGAGCGCUGGGCGCGCAGUCGCUGGGCGCCGCCGAGCUGCGCGCCUUCCUGCGGCUGCUGCGGGCCCCGGAGGCGGGCGGCGGCGGCGGCGGCGGCGGGGGCGGGGCCCACCCCUACGUGGGCGCCGGGCUGCGGGCGCUGCUGGCCAUGGUGCGGCGGCCCGGGCUGGAGUGCGCCAUGCAGUACUUUGACCUGUCGCCCGGCAUGGCGGGCGUGGUGGUGCCCACGGUGGCGCGCUGGCCCGGCGCGGCCUUCAGCUUCCUGGCGUGGCUGUCGCUGGACCAGGAGCAGCUGGACACGCCGGGGAAGGGCGACAAGAGGAAGCAGCUGUACAGCUUCUUCACCCCGGGCGGGACGGGCUUCGAGGCCUUCAUCAGCUGGGCCGGGCUCCUGGUGGUGGCAGUGUGCACCAAGAAGGAGUACGCCACGGUCAUGCUGCCCGACUACUGCUUCUGCGACUCCCUCUGGCACAGCGUGGGCGUGGUCCACGUCCCGGGGAAGAGGCCCUUCGGCCAGAGCCUGGUCUACAUCUACGUGGACGGGCAGCAGAAGCUGUCGGCCCCCCUCAAGUACCCCGUCAUGACCGAGCCCUUCACCUCCUGCUGCAUCGGCUCGGCGGGCCACCGCACCACCACGCCCCCGCCCUCCCAGAUCCCCGACCCGCCCUUCCUGACCCCCACCACCCCCUCGGGGCGGACCUCCCUGGGGGGCAUCCUGUCGUCGGCGGGCGGGGCCUGGGGCGGGCUGCUGGGCGGCGGCGGCGGCGGCGGCGGCGGCGGCGGCGGCGGCGGCGGCGGCUCGGUCACCAAGCUGAUCUCGGCGGGCACCCAGGACAGCGAGUGGGGCAGCCCCACCUCGCUGCAGGGCCAGCUGGGCGGGGUGAUGGUGUUCCACGAGGCCCUGCAGCCCGCGCACGUCAAGGCCGUGUGCAGCGCCGGUCCCAACUGCAUCUCCCCCUUCAAAACUCAGGAGGCGGAGCUUGGCGACCUGUCGACCAAACUGCUGCUUCACUAUUCGCCCAAGGCGUGUAGGAACCCCAUCUGUCUGGAUCUGUCCCCCAACCUGCUCCACGGACGCCUGACCGGCAACAAGGUGGUGAACUGGGACAUCAAGGACAUGAUCAACUGCGUGGGGGGCGUCCACGUGCUCUUCCCCAUCCUGGAGCAGCUGGCCCUGGUGGCCCCCGAGCAGCCCAGCGGAGAGGCCCCCCCGGGGCCCGAGCACAUCAGCCCGGACGUGACCCCGCCGGGCGACGGCGACUGGGUCAUCCUGCCCACCAACCGGGCCUCGGAGGCCCGUCUGGAGAAGAACCUGGUGGCGUCCUUCCUGCUGGUGCUGAAGCACUUCCUGCAGAGGCACCCCAUCAACCAGGAGAGCCUGUUGCACGCCCACGGGGUGGCCUCGCUGGGCACGCUGCUGCAGAAGUUGCCGGCGGGCAGCGUGGACGUGAGCGUGCUGGUGGCGGUGCAGCUGCUGGUGGAGCAGGUGACCUACGAGAAGAACCCGGCGCUGCUGCAACAGCUCCACACCCACCUGCUCUUCAACUGCAGCACCUGGAGCCAGGGGGACUUCCCCUCCCGCAUCGGUCACAUCCAGUACAUGUCCACCAUCGUCAAGGACAACAGGAAGCAGUUCCGCAAAAGAUUCGGCGUCCAGUUCCUGCUGGACACCAUCAGAAUGUUCUACGGGAGGAGCUCUUGCCGGGAGAGCGACAUGAGCGAGGAGGACGUGGGCACGGUGCGCGUCUCUCUCUGCGGCCUGCUCAAGUACUACAUCAGCAAGGGCAUGUCCCAGGACGAGAUGCACAGCAUUCUGGGAUACAUCGCCGCCAUCGGGGACGAGGAACAGCUGUGCUCCCUGCUGGAGCUGCUGAUCGGUCUGCUCCAGACCAGCCCGGCCCGGGACCAGCUGGUGCUGCUGCUGUUCGAGGCCGGGGCGGCCGACUCCUGCUACGCCCUGCUGCUCAACACCAAGUACUCGGACCGCCUCCGGGAGCUGGUCUUCAAGCUGUUUGAGCGCAUGCUGCGCUGCGACCGCGUGUACGAGCGCAGCAAGCAGCGUCUGCGUCUGCGCGAGGCGGGCUACUCCGGCCUCUCGCUGCUCUUCCCCGACGCACACCUCAACCCCAGCUUGGUGCGCUGCCUGCUCACCCAGGUGCUCCACACAGAUAAUGUGGUGAACUAUAAGGACCUGAUGGCUCUGCUGCAGCUGACCCACCGGGCCAAACCCAGUGUACGACUCAUCGUGUGCAAGAGGGUGCACCAGCUGCUGCAGACGCAGCCCGACGCGGCGCAGCAGAUCGCCCGGCAGCAGUGCUGGCAGGACACCCUGAUGAGGCUCUUCCUGCGGUCGGGCGGCGGCGGCGGCGGCGGAGGACCCGACGCCAUCAGCAACUGCAGCCUGGACCUGGGCCGGUCGGGCGGGGGGGCCGCGCGCCUCGACCUGCCCCUGGAGCGGAGGGGCCGCGCGGGGAGCCGGGACCGCCACGGCGGCGGCGGCGAGGAGGACCGGCUGAGCAUGGGCGACGGGCGCUCGCUGGACAGCCUGGAGAACGGCGGCGGCGACGCGGUCUCGCUUCUGGACACGCCCUCCUCGGCCGCCGCCACGCCCCGGCCCUCCUGGGGCACGUCGGGGGGCCGGGGCCCCGGGGGCCUCACCCUGGACCUGUCCCACGUCCAGGGCUACGAGGGCGGGGAGAGCGGCGGCAGCACGCCGUCGCCCCUGGACGGCGCCGCCAGGGCCUUCCCGGCGCCGGGGGCCGGCGGGGAGCGGGACGCCACGCCGUCGCUCGGCGACGACAGCUUCCUGUUCAGCGACACCGCCUCGCUGGGGGAGUCCUUCAACGGCACGGAGCGCGUGGACGAGGAGCUGUGCGGCAUGCUGCUGGACACGGUGCUGUGGGUGAUGUGGCGCGGCGUGGAGGGCUCGGACGAGGGGGCGUGGCUGGAGCGCGGCCAGGUGUUCUCCGCCCUCACCAAGCUGGGCACGGCCAAUGAGCUGCUGAUGCCCGUCGACCACAUCAAGCUCCGCCUGAUGGAGCGCAUGCUGGAGUGGGCGGUGGCGGACAACCGGGAGGCGGCGGCGGCGGCGCUGCCGCAGCACACGGAGAACGCGGUGCGCCUGCUGCACGCCGUGCAGGACUUCCUGCAGGCGGAGGGCCUGGUGAGCCCCGCGCUGUGGAGCGACAAGGUGCUGGAGGAGACGCUCACGCUCAUGGACUGCCUGAUGGUGUGGUACGCCUCGGGCGACCAGUGGCUCCGGCUGUCCCAGGUCGGGCUGCGGCUGCUGCUGGGCUUCAUGGCCCAGGAGGACCCCCAGGUGUGUGCGAUGGCCACGGCCAAGCUCAACGGCAUCCUGCAGACCAAGGUGGUGGCGAGCCAGGACGAGGCCUGCUACCUGCUGGGCAAGGUGGAGGGGAUCCUACGGCGGGCGCUCUACUCGCAGGGCGGCGACGACGCCGACGCCAUCGUGACGGACACCUACUCCUUCCUGGUGCCGCUGAUGCGCACGCUGCUGUCCAAGGUCCACCGGCUGCUCUACAUGGAGCUGCACCUGCCCCAGCUGCCCGACACCAGCGGUGGGCCCACCUUCUUCGAGGACUUCCAGGCGUACUGCCGCUCGCCCGAGUGGCGCGUCUACCUCGACAAAUACAUCAUCCCGUACAUGAAGCAGUACGAGAUCGAGACCUUCAGCCAGGGCCACGAGACCAUGGCGCUGUACUGGAAGGAGUGCCACGAGGCCUACAUGGUCAGCCUCCACCGGCGGGAACGGGAGCGUGGCGAGAGCAAGAUGCGCUUCCAGGAGCAGUUUGUGGAGCCCUUCUCGCGCCGCAGCCGCCAGGAGAACCUGCGCUACAACAGCAUGCUGAAGCAGCAGCACAGCCAGACGGCCGCCGCCCUCCGCCAGUGGAAGGCGGCCCGGCGGGGGCACGUCUGUGAGAGAGGCCCCUGGGCCGACAGGCAACAGGACGAGAUGCACUGGCGGGUGUCCAGCGCCGAGAACUACUCGCGGAUGAGGCUGAAGCUGGUCCGCAACUACAACUACGACCCGCACCGCGAGGCCAGCGCGCUGCGCGACAACCUGGGCGUGCAGCAGCAGCGGGUGAACGCUGAGUCGCUGCUGCUGGAGGCGGUGAAGCAGGUGAAGGUGAGCGACCUGGAGGACGACAUCCUGGACCUGCCCGAGGAGGACCCCGCCGCCGCCGCCGCCGCCGCCGCCGGCAACAGCCAGCAGGCCGAGGCGGAGGAGGCGGGCCAGAAGGAGAAGCUGGUCCUGGGGGAGGACUGUGAGCUGGUGACGGUGGUGGACGUGGUGCCCGGGCGCCUGGAGCUCACCACGCAGCACAUCUACUUCUACGACGGCAGCCAGGACAAAGAGGAGGGCGUGGGUUAUGACUUCAAGUGGCCGCUGUCGCUGAUCCGCGAGGUCCACCUGCGGAGGUACAACCUGCGCCGCUCGGCUCUGGAGAUCUUCCUCAUCGACCAGACCACCUACUUCCUCAACUUCAAGAAGGAGGCGCGGAACAAGGUGUACAGCCGCAUGAUGCUGCUGCGCUCGCUGGGCGUGCACGCCACCCGAUCCCCCCAGGAGCUGCUCAAGGCCUCUGGGCUCACGCAGAAGUGGGUGAACCGGGAGAUCUCCAACUUUGACUACCUGAUCCAGCUCAACACCAUCGCAGGCCGCACCUACAACAACCUGGCCCAGUACCCGGUGUUCCCCUGGAUCCUGUCGGACUACACCUCUGAGGAGCUGGUCCUUGAGGACCCCCGUGUGUACCGGGACCUGUCCAAACCCGUGGCGGUGCUCAACGAACGCAACGCCAAGGCCGUCCGGGAGAAGUACGAGAGCUUCGAGGACCCCACGGGCACCAUCGACCGCUUCCACUACGGCACCCACUACUCCAACGCGGCGGGGGUCAUGCACUACCUGAUCCGCGUGGAGCCCUUCACCUCCCUGCACAUCCAGCUGCAGAGUGGCCGGUUCGACUGCGCCGACCGCCAGUUCCACUCCAUCCCGGCCACGUGGCAGGCCCUGAUGGACAACCCCAACGACGUCAAGGAGCUCAUCCCAGAGUUCUUCUACUUCCCAGAGUUCCUGGAGAACAAGAACGCCUAUGAUCUGGGUCGGCUGCAGAUCUCCAAGGAGAGGGUGGACCACGUGCUGCUGCCCAAGUGGGCCAAGUCUCCGGAGGACUUCAUCUACAAGCACCGCAAGGCGCUGGAGUCAGAGCACGUGUCGGCCCACCUGCACGAGUGGAUCGACCUCAUCUUCGGCCACAAGCAGCGGGGGCCCGCGGCCGUGGAGGCCCUCAACGUCUUCUACUACUGCACCUACGAGGGGGCGGUCGACCUUGACGCCAUCACGGACGAGAAGGAGCGAAAGGCGGUGGAGGGGAUGAUCAGCAACUUUGGACAGACCCCCUGUCAGCUGCUGAAGGAACCCCACCCUGUGCGUCUCUCUCUGGAGGAGGCGGAGCGCAGGACGUCCCGCCUGGACAGCUGUCCUCUGACCGUCUUCAAACACCUGACUGAACUCAAGUCCUUCUUCAUAGAGGGAAUCAGUGACAACGUGCCACUGAUCAAGGCGGUCGUACCAAAGAACCAAUCACAUUCCUUCAUGACCCAGGGAAGCCCCGACAUCAUGGUGACGGUGAGUCAGAACUGUCUGCUGGGCACCCACGGGUGGCUGCCCUACGACAAGAACAUCUCCAACUACUUCACCUUCAUCAAGGACCCCACCGUGGCGCAUCCCAAGACCCAGCGCGUGCUGGCGGGCCCCUUGGCCCCGGGCGUGGAGCUGGCGGCAGGCCUGUUCGUGGUGUCCCACGACGGCCGGCUGCUGUUUAGCGGUGGCCACUGGGACAACAGCCUGAGGGUCACCUCCCUGCUCAAGGGCAAGACCGUGGGGCAGCACAUCCGACACAUGGACAUUGUGACGUGUCUGGCGACUGACCACUGUGGCAUCCAUCUGAUCUCCGGUUCCCGGGACACCACCUGCAUGGUGUGGCAGGUCCUGCAGCAGGGCGGCGCUCCAGUGGGGCUGUGCCCCAAGCCGGUGCAGGUGCUGUACGGACACACGGACGAGGUGCUCAGCGUCAGCAUCAGCACGGAGCUGGACAUGGCCGUGUCGGGCUCCAGGGACGGCACGGUGAUCAUCCACACGGUGCGGCGGGGCCAGUACAUGCGCUGCCUGCGGCCGCCCUGCGACAGCUCCCUGCCCCUCUCCAUCCUGCAUCUGGCCGUGUCCUGGGAGGGACACCUGCUGGUGCACACCUGUCUGGAGGGCAAGGCCUCCCUCAAGGACAAGAACGCGCUGCACCUGUACUCGGUCAACGGGAAGCACCUGGCCAGCGAGCCCCUCCAGGAGCAGGUGACGGACAUGAGCGUGUCCCAGGAGUACGUGGUGUUGGGCAGCGAGCAGGGAUACCUGUCCAUCAGGGACCUGUACAGCCUGUCUCUGUGCGCGGCGCCCCUCGCCAUGCGCGUGCCGGUGCGCUGCGUCUCGGUCACCAAGGAGCAGAGCCACGUGCUGGUGGGGCUGAACGACGGCAAGCUGAUCGUGGUGGGAGUGGGCAAGCCGGCCGAGAUGCGACCGGGCCAGCUGAUUGGUCGAAAGCUGUGGGGCUCCAGCAGCCGCCGGCUCACCCAGAUCUCGGCCGGCGAGACCGAGUACCACCAGGGUGGAGGGGGCGACCAGCACGGGGACUGAGCUCUCCCCCCCCCCCCACCACCACCACCACCACCACCACCUUGCAACCAUACGCUCUGUCUACACCCACGCACACAGCCACAGCCUGUCAUCAAC